GGAAACGAAUCAGUGAAGGACACGAUAUGGACGGAACUGCUGAAAAACACGUGAAAAAGUGUAUUCCUGAUCUUUGAUUUGUGUUUUGUAAGUACAUUGUUUAAAUACAAAGAACUAAAUACGUAUGGAUCUCAUGUAGCGCGAACAGUUCUGUCGUCGCUGACGUACAGUAUUCACGCAGUUCAGACGCAGUGUUUAUAACAGGAAGAGCUGACAGCUUCAGGAUCACACAGGUCCAUAUCCAGUUGUGCAACCAAUGGCCUUGAUUUUAACCAGGACUUAUUUGAUCCGUUUCCAAGAAUUCAGGCCAGAGCUGCUGAAAACUCUGUUUGUGAAUGAUGCAAAUAGUUCAGUGUAAAUUGCAUGUGGAAUGAAAUCUGUCUGGUGUAAUAUGGAUGGUUGACACGGAAUAAACAGCAGUAACCAAGAGUGUGCUGAAGACAUGAAUGUGCUGCAGUCCUGAUAGCAGCCAUCAUGACGACAGAGGCUGUAUCCACAGGGACUCGGGCUCAGAUCCCAGCUCCUGUCCAGAAAGACUACUACUACUGGCUACGCUCUUUCGCAGCUGGAGGUGUUGCUGGAUGCUGUGCCAAGUCCACCAUAGCGCCUCUUGAUAGAGUGAAAAUUUUACUACAAGCUCAAAAUCCUCAUUACAAACACCUUGGAGUGUUUGCCACACUUAAGGCAGUGCCAAAAAAAGAGGGUUUCCUUGGACUAUACAAGGGAAAUGGAGCCAUGAUGAUCAGGAUUUUCCCAUAUGGAGCCAUUCAGUUUAUGGCUUUUGAUAACUACAAAAAGUUCCUUAACACACAUCUUGGAAUAUCUGGGCAUAUUCAUCGGCUCAUGGCAGGAUCUAUGGCAGGGAUGACUGCAGUUAUUUGCACCUAUCCGCUCGAUGUUAUCCGAGCUCGCUUGGCGUUUCAAGUGACUGGAGAGCAUCGCUACACUGGCAUACGAAAUGCCUUUCAGACUAUUUACCUUAAGGAAGGAGGAAUCUCUGGAUUCUACUGUGGUCUGACCCCUACAAUCAUUGGCAUGGCUCCAUAUGCAGGCUUUUCUUUUUUUACAUUCGGUACAUUGAAGACUCUGGGACUCACUCACUUCCCAGAGCUCCUAGGCAAGCUGUCUCUUGACAACCCUGAUGUUCUUGUGCUGAAGACUCACGUCAAUCUGAUGUGUGGUGGAGUUGCUGGAGCAAUUGCUCAAACUAUAUCAUAUCCACUAGAUGUUGCCCGGAGGAGAAUGCAGUUAGGUGCGUCACUCCCUGAUUUUGACAAAUGUUGCAGCAGCCUCACAAAAACUCUCAAGCACGUGUACACCCAGUAUGGUGUCAAGAAAGGACUGUAUCGUGGCCUGUCCCUCAACUACAUCCGCUGUAUACCGUCACAAGCUGUUGCCUUCACUACUUACGAGUUCAUGAAGCAAAUUUUUCACCUAAACUAGAACAAUCAGUGACUAAGCCUUAAAGGAACAUGUUGAAACGACCCGCGGCGACAUCACAGCAGUCCUGUCUGCCAUUCCAGAGACCAGUCAUCUGAAAUCCAGUUCUUACUAAACACCCACACAAACGGCAAACCUGUGGCUUUGCACAGCCCAGCAACAAUCACUAUGGAUACAGAGACAAAAGCUUGCUUUUCCGUUCUGUGUGGAUCAGAAACAAUGACACUGGAAAUCCCAUGGAAACCUGCGUCUGAAACUUGCUUGUAAGAAGCCGUCCCAUUUCAGAUCGAACAAUAUGCCUUAAUCUUUCACUCAUAUAAGCAAAACACAAAAAUCACAGUCGAUUUUACCUAUGUGGACAGUUUCUCUAGGUAUAUCACAGUGCUUUUAACUAUGACUGAUGACGUGAUUUUUAAGUCAAAUAUGGAAGUAGAUUUUUCUUUGCUAAAUUUCAUUCAUAUGUAGCUUUAUAUUUCAGCAAAUCUGAGUCACCUCAAGUCUUAUUGACUGAUAUUUGUCUCUUUUUGUGAUAAAGAUGACUUUCCUCUGCAAUUCAAUAAUACAGUGAAUGAAAGAGAGUGUACAUAAUGUCUAUGCAGUAUUCAGUCAUGUUCGCAUGCCGAUGUUACUGUGGCUCAAGUUUAAUAUCUGAUUGAUGCCUUACAGUGCAGGUUAAUUCACAAUCUCCCUUUUGGAAGAAAGCAAUCAAAUGAGAAUAUGUGUGGUGAUGAAUAUCCCAGCUGAUAUGUAUAUGAAUCUUAAGUUAUUGUUCACUGAUUUGUGAUAGGAACUACAUGGGUCCCUUAAAUAGACUUUCACCAGGCAAAAUUAAAAUUAAUUGUUUUUUUAAUAUAUAUAAAAUUGAUUUAUUGCCUUGUUUUGUUUUGUAUUGUAUGGAAAUGUGCUCCCUCAAACGGUUGCCUCAUUUGCCUUCCGGUUGUAAUUACUUGCUUUUUUUGUUGUUGCCAUGUGGUGGCAGUGUUGCAGUGAAUCGAGUCCUUAAACCUCUUUAAAUCGGACUUUUCAUGUACAUGUUGAUCGUUUAGCUGCAUGUGUUUCCAAAGAUGAAGGGGAACAUUUAUGUGCGUACAUUCAACAGCGACUGAUACAGUUUUAUUACUGAGUGAAUACGUGAGUUGUGAAGGUCAUGAUUCAUUGAUCACAUUUCAAGUUUAUUUGCAUUAAAUGCCAUCAAGCUAAAUAACUAGAAUGGGGAGGAUUGUCUUUGCUGAUUCUUGAGAACUGUGGAGAAAGUUCGUCUUGCUGCUUUGGAUAAAUCGCCUUUAUUAUUUAUUUGUGUUAUAUUGGUAUAAUGAAUGGAUAUUAUGUCAGAUUGAAAUGGUUA